AUGCAUCCCUUCACCUACACCGCCAACCCCUCCCGCGUCAUCUUCGGCGCCGGCACGCUCUCGCAGCUCCCCGCAGAGCUCGCCCGCCAGAACCUCACCAGCCCGUUGAUCCUAUGCACGCCGCAGCAGACCUCCCAGGCCUCCGAUGUUGCCGCCCUUCUCUCCUCGACCGCUGGAACCUUCUCAAAGGCAACCAUGCACACCCCUACGCACAUCACAGACGAGGCCCUCGCCGUCGCCCGCGACACCUCCGCAGACUCCAUCAUCUCCAUCGGCGGCGGCUCCACCAUCGGCCUCGGCAAAGCCAUCUCAAUCCGCACCGGCCUCCCCCACAUCUGCAUUCCCACCACCUAUGCCGGCUCUGAGAUGACACCCAUCCUCGGCGAGACCGCCGACGGCGUCAAGACCACCCGCUCCGACCCCAAGAUCCUCCCCGGAACCGUCAUCUACGACGUGAACCUCACCCUCACGCUGCCCGUCUCCAUGAGCUUUACCAGCGGCGUCAACGCGAUCGCGCACUCCGUAGAGGCCCUCUACAGUACUACCACAAACCCAAUCAUCAACCUCCUUGCCCUCGAGGGAAUCCGCGCCCUUGCCGCCGCACUGCCAAAGCUGAAGGAGGACCCACAGAAUGUUGAUGUGCGCUCCGACGCGCUUUAUGGCGCUUGGUUGUGCGGGAGCUGUCUGGGAAGUGUUGGGAUGGCGCUGCACCACAAGCUGUGCCACACGCUGGGAGGAAGCUUCAACCUCCCACAUGCUGAGGUACACACUAUUGUGCUGCCACAUGCCCUGGCAUACAAUGCGCCGGCGCUGUCAAAGGAGGUGUUGGACUCACUGGCGGCAGUACUGCCGGGAAGUGAGGGCGAUGCAGUCCAGGGAUUGAACUUGUUGUUGGAGAAGAUGGGCGUAGAGAGGGCGCUGAAGGCGUACGGUAUGAAGGAGGAGGAUGUAGACAAGGCGGCCGACCUGGCGGUAGCGAAGCCAUAUCCAAACCCAAGGAAGAUUGAGAGGACAGAAAUUAGGGAGGUCAUUAGGAGGGCGUGGGCUGGUGAGCCGGCGAGUGCGAAGUUGUAG